AUCCGGUCGUCUGUCUUUACACGCAUUUACAACACGCCAUUUCGUUAUAAAGAAAAACUUGCAAAAUGAUGCUCGCGAGUGUUUUAUGAUUAAUUAAUUUUUUCAGCUAUUUUAUUUAGCGAUAAAAGUGCAUAAUAAUUGUAAUUGUUUAAUUUUACUAUCAGGAAAUUCUAGAAAGUACAAAAAAUGGGCGAGGAUUACAAUGGAGAUCGUGAAAGAGAUAAUAAAGACAGAGAUCGCGAUAGGGAUCGAGACAGGAGACACAGAUCACGAAGCAGAGAACGCAGAAAGCGUUCAAGAUCACGUUCCAAAGAGAGAAGAGAUCGAAAAAGGAGUAGUUCGCCAAAAAAGAAUCGCAGUUCCAGGAGAAGAAAACAAUCUCUUUAUUGGGAUGUGCCACCUCCAGGUUUCGAACAUAUUACACCUUUACAGUACAAAGCAAUGCAGGCAGCAGGACAAAUUCCAGCCAAUAUUGUAGCAGAUACUCCACAAGCUGCUGUCCCAGUAGUUGGAAGUACAAUAACACGUCAAGCAAGACGACUUUACGUCGGAAACAUUCCAUUUGGUGUGACGGAAGAAGAAAUGAUGGAAUUUUUCAAUCAACAAAUGCACCUUUCCGGUUUGGCGCAAGCUGCUGGAAAUCCAGUUCUUGCAUGCCAGAUUAAUCUUGACAAGAAUUUUGCAUUCUUAGAAUUUCGUUCUAUAGACGAAACGACACAAGCAAUGGCCUUCGACGGAAUCAACUUCAAGGGUCAGAGCUUAAAAAUAAGAAGGCCCCACGAUUAUCAACCAAUGCCAGGAAUGACUGACAAUCCAAGCAUGAACGUUCCAGAUUCACCCCACAAAAUCUUCAUUGGUGGGUUGCCAAACUACUUGAACGAAGAGCAGAAUAUACAGGUGAAAGAGCUGCUGAUGAGUUUUGGUCAAUUACGGGCGUUCAAUUUGGUGAAGGACUCGGCGACGGGACUCUCCAAGGGUUAUGCGUUUUGCGAGUACGUUGAUGUUUCAAUGACUGACCAGGCAAUCGCUGGACUAAAUGGAAUGCAACUUGGUGACAAGAAACUCAUUGUUCAACGAGCAAGCGUUGGAGCCAAGAAUCCAAUGAUUGGGGCCCAAGCACCUGUGCAAAUUCAAGUUCCUGGCCUCACAAUGGCUGGUACAAGCGGUCCUCCCACUGAGGUUCUAUGUUUACUAAAUAUGGUAACACCAGAGGAAUUAAUGGAGGAAGAAGAAUACGAAGAUAUUCUUGAGGAUAUUAAGGAAGAAUGCAACAAAUACGGAGUUGUGCGAUCCGUAGAAAUUCCAAGGCCAAUUGAAGGUGUUGAUGUUCCUGGAUGUGGAAAGGUCUUCGUUGAAUUCAACAGUGUGAUUGACUGUCAAAAGGCACAGCAAACAUUGACAGGAAGAAAAUUCAACAAUCGAGUAGUCGUGACAUCUUACUUUGAUCCUGACAAGUAUCAUCGCAGAGAAUUUUAAAUUAUACAAUUUCCCCUUGUCCCCCCCUCUUUUUUUUCCAUCAAUUUAUAAUUCAUUAUCUAUAUGAAUAAUAUGAGUGGAUAUUUUAAUCGCUUCGAUCAUGAAGCAACCACGAUAUAUACGUGACUAUCUGAUUUAAUCACGUAGACAAAAAAAUUUAAAACGAUGAAUUUUAUACGUCGUGUUUAAACAGUUAAAAAAAAACAUCAAAUGUUAAAUCAGAAAACGACAAAUUGUGGAGAGCAUUUUUUUUUU